GAGCCACCCUCGAAGUGAUGUCAACAUAUGCACGGCGGCGCAGCUGAGAGUGAUGUUGCCGACGUCAGUGGAACAUAGUAUGCCUCCACCGUUUAUCGAUAUAAAUAAUAUUCAUGAUAUACCACCUCCUCAAGCGGAUUUCUCAGCACCACCCCCUUAUGAUGUGGCUGCAAACUCCAAACUCCCUACAUAUGAGGAAGUUCAGAGGGAAAAACAGAUGGAGGGGGAAGACCUGCCACAGAUGCAAGGCCCCCCUCCAAACCACCCGACUUUUGCGGCCUUCGUAACGGUGGAACCGACCGAGGGUUCAGCUGAACAACUGGAUCCCGAGAACAGUCUACUUGGCACAGACAUCAUGUUCUUAACAUCAUUUUUUGUGGCAUUCCUGUUUAACUGGAUCGGUUUCCUGCUCCUGAUGUGUUUCUGUCACACGGUGGCGAGUCGCUACGGUGCUCUGGCCGGCUUUGGGCUCUCUCUCGCUAAAUGGACACUUAUAGUGAAACACUCAACCGAGCUCGCGUCCCACGAGAACUCCUGGCUCUGGUGGCUUAUAAUGGCGUUUGGUAUCUUAAUCUGCGUUCGUGCUAUCAUCCAGUACCUGAACAUCAAGCGCGGCUGGCGUCUACUCUCUGGCACGGCUCAAGAGCGACUGCUCUUCUUCUACUAA